CAUCAACACCAGUACAUCACUCAUCAGUCAUCACAUUCUGAUUCCCAAUUAUCAUUCACAACUUAUCCCAUUUGGUGUUUGAGCACAAUCCCUCAUUUCUCCCACUCUUUGUCAUCACACGUCAAUGGCAUCUUCUUCUCUCUUCUUCAACCCUGCAACUUCGUCUCUCUUCCAAAACCCUAACCCUAACCCUAACCCUAACCCUAAUCCUAACCCUAAAUUCAAACCCAGUUUGAUCAGCGCCUCGUCUUCCUCCACCUCCACCCCCACCCCCAAACACCGCCCCGCCCACGAAAACAUCCGCGAAGAAGCUCGGCGCCAUGCCCAAUCCCACAACUUCUCCGCCAAAUACGUCCCCUUCAACGCUCCACCCGAAUCCACCGAAUCUUACUCCCUCGACGAAAUCGUCUACCGUUCUCGUUCCGGCGGUCUCCUAGACGUUCUCCACGAUAUGGACGCUCUUAAACAAUUCGACGGAAACUACUGGAAAUCCCUCUUCGAUUCUCGCGUCGGAAAAACCAAUUGGCCUUAUGGGUCGGGUGUUUGGUCGAAAAAAGAAUGGGUUCUCCCUGAAAUCGAUGGGGAUGAUAUCGUUUCUGCUUUCGAGGGGAACUCUAACUUGUUUUGGGCUGAGAGGUUUGGUAAACAGUUUCUGGAUAUGUCUGAUUUGUGGGUUAAACAUUGUGGGAUUAGUCAUACGGGUAGUUUUAAGGAUUUGGGUAUGACUGUUUUGGUCAGUCAGGUUAAUAGGUUGAGGAAAAUGAAACGCCCUGUUGUGGGUGUUGGUUGUGCUUCUACUGGUGAUACUUCUGCUGCUUUAUCUGCUUAUUGUGCCUCUGCUGGGAUUCCGUCCAUUGUGUUCUUACCGGCGGAUAAGAUUUCCAUGGCGCAGUUGGUGCAGCCGAUUGCCAAUGGGGCUUUCGUCUUGAGUAUCGAUACGGAUUUUGAUGGCUGUAUGCAGUUGAUUAGGGAGGUCACGGCAGAGCUGCCGAUUUAUUUGGCGAAUUCCUUGAAUAGUUUGAGGCUGGAGGGGCAGAAGACGGCGGCCAUUGAGAUUUUGCAGCAAUUUGAUUGGGAAGUGCCUGAUUGGGUUAUUGUUCCUGGUGGGAAUCUGGGUAAUAUUUAUGCUUUUUAUAAGGGCUUUAAAAUGUGCCAGGAGUUGGGGCUUGUUGAUAAGAUGCCUAGGUUGGUUUGUGCUCAAGCGGCAAAUGCGAAUCCGUUGUACUUGCAUUAUAAGUCUGGGUGGAAGGAUUUUAAGGCUGUGAAGGCAAAUACUACAUUUGCUUCAGCUAUUCAGAUUGGUGAUCCUGUAUCCAUUGACAGGGCGGUUUUUGCCUUACAGAAUUGUAAUGGCAUUGUGGAGGAGGCGACGGAAGAGGAGCUAAUGGAUGCUAUGGCUCAAGCUGAUUCUACUGGGAUGUUUAUAUGCCCGCAUACUGGUGUUGCGUUGACUGCAUUGUUUAAGUUGAGAAAUAGUGGUAUAAUAGGACCAAAUGAUAGGACGGUUGUUGUGAGCACUGCUCAUGGACUUAAAUUUACGCAGUCGAAAGUUGAUUAUCAUUCAAAAAAUAUCCCUGACAUGGCUUGCAGGUUUGCCAAUCCACCAGUGCAGGUGAAGGCAGAUUUUGGGGCAGUGAUGGAUGUUCUUAAAGGAUAUUUGAAUAAGACUCCAAAAGUUUAGUGGUUUAUUAGGACUGAGUUGUGAACUGAAGUUCUGAGUACUUCACAAAUUAGAAGUUUUGCAUCAGCUAUAUGUUGGAGCAUUCUUGAAGCUAAUGUAACUUCCACAAGGCUUGAGUGGAUACUUCUCAAAAAAGUCCUUAUAUUAUGAACUUUCUCAUGACAAUUUGCUGCUCAUAGGCGAAAAUGUUGGAAGUAAAGGACUGUUUUCCAAUCUAAGUAGACUGGGAAUAUGUUAACAGUAUGAUAUGGCAGAGAAAUUAGUUAGAUUCAACUUGUUAUCCACAUAAUUUUAGGUUCCUACCUGUCGUAAGAGGCUUAUCUCAUGUGUAGCUCGGUCCGCCUUUUUGUCUUGAAGAUGCGCUCUAAAAUACAGUAUAUUGUUUGUUGGAUAAUGAGUCACGUUACCUUUGUUGCACACAUUUUCCCUACUGAUAUGUAGCAGCUAAUGAGCUGUCUAGCUGUUUUUAUUAAGUAGUGAUAUGCUGGAUGUAGCUUUUCUCCCUUGCGACAUUGCUGUGUAGAUAUGGGAGAGUUCUAUCAAUUGGUCCUGAUAGAUUGCCUCAUCCCACCAUGCUUGAAUUUAUUAGUCUCUGCUGAUUUCCUAUCUCUUUGAUAACUGGGUUUAAACUAAAUUAGUAUGUGGCUUUAAUAAUUUUGUACUUCUAACAGAAACUUAGGGAUAAUUUUACAAUGGCUAGCCAUGGUAACUUGUCUAAUCUAGACCAUUCAUUUUUAACCUCAGAGUUACAUCACUCAUUUAGUUGACUUUUAUAAUUAAAUAAAAACUAAAACUAACAUUUGUACAUUAACAAAUUCACAAUUAAUCGUCCACCUGGUUUUGGGCAAUUUUUUUGAAUGUUAAGGUUAAAAAAAAAUCCAUGGACAGGAUGAGUCACUAAAUAUUGUAGUCACUCAAAAAGCUUCCAAAACUUAGAAUCUGUAAUUACGGCACUUGAACUAGAUAUAUCUAGCGACUAGCUGGCAUGGUAUCCACCAGAUAUGCUCCCACAACAACAUAUCCAAAUUUCUCUGAUGUAGUUCAAAGCUGCAGGUCAUAGAAAUAUAAUGUUGAUGUGGGAACUAGGAACAGCUCUGGUAUCUGAUUUCAUAUUUUGAUCAUAUUAAAGUUCCCGGUAUCUAAUAUUGUAGUUUGAAGCUGCAGGUUAGUGAGACAGUGAUGAC